AUGAUGACGGCGAAGCAACCUGAGUUACCGGAGCAAGAGCAGCAGCUAAAAGGCGGCGCCCUCCGUAACAUCCCCGUCGGCGGCGGAUCACGCAAGAACAUCAAACGAUCCGUAUCUUCUUCUUCUUCUUCUUCUCCUUCGAGCAGCCUCAAGAAUAUAAAUCUCUCUGUUUCCGAUCAGAAACCUGAUCAUCGUAGCUCUGACCCCAAAUCAGAAAAAGAAUAA